CGAGUCUCAGCGUCGUCGACUUGCAAUUGUGUGCGAGUGUGUGAGUGAGUGUGUGUUCUACGUGGUGCUGGAAUCCGUUGUUUCCCCGCUGUCUUCACUCUGAUUGUGUCGCCACCUUUUGUUUUUUUAUAUGUAUUAUUCCCCCGCCCUCGCCCUCGCCCUCGCCCGCGCCCUUUCCGUAUCUUGUUGCUGUUGUUGUUGUCGUUGUUGUUGUUGUGGUUCUUGUGACUCCCAAGUCCCAUGCAAUUGCAAGCGAGCGUAGGACCAGGAGUAGUAGCAGUAGUUGUAGCACAUUGAGAUCAGCAGCAGGCAGCUAGCCCCUGCUUCACCACUUUACCAUGUCCCUCUUGUCACGCUCACGCUCCUCUUCCCUGCCUGCUGCUUGCUCCUUGCCUGCUUCCUCUAUUUAUCCUCCAUCUGCAUCCAGCUUUUCUCCCAUCGCUUCAGCCAUCGUCUCUUUUCCUUGUGCCGGCAACUCCCAGGCUCUGCUCUCCUCGAUUUCGUCCUAGUGUGCCGUGUAGCUUUGGGGGUGACAGGCCAAUAAUUUUGUUGAGGAACAUUCUAAAAUUCACUACUACGAUCAUGACAAUGGCAAUUCGCUUGAUAAAAGGAGCCUCCUCCACGCGGGGACCGUUUGCGCUCUUAUGCGCAGCUGCCGGUGCUCGCAUCCGCUACUCGACUGCCGCCGCGGUGUCUUCUACCACCACGACGGUUACUUCUACUACCACGACACCUGCUGGACAUGGCGCCAUUGCGCAUGGCGAUCCAUCAUUUUUGGAGUCUGUGGACAUUUAUUUUGACAAAGCUGCUGCAAUUGCCUCCACCACCCCAGACAUUCUUGCCCAGAUAAAGGCUUGCAACAAUAUUCUGAAAGUACAAUUUCCCUUGAAGUGCGCAAAUGGCACUGUGGAGCUCAUUGAGGGUUAUCGCGCACAACAUUCACACCACCGUCUUCCUGUGAAAGGAGGAAUCCGUAUGGCCCCAAACGUUGAUGCCGAUGAAACCAUGGCACUAGCAGCUCUUAUGACAUUCAAAUGUGCCGUUGUUGAUGUGCCCUUUGGAGGUGCAAAAGGUGGUAUUAAAAUCGACCCAACGAAAUAUUCUAUGAACGAGAAGGAAGCUAUAAUAAGGCGGUACACCAGCGAGCUUGUGAGGAAGAACUUCAUUGGACCUUCCAUCGAUGUACCAGCUCCUGACUAUGGGACUGGUCCCCAAGAAAUGGCAUGGAUUAAAGAUACUUUUGAGCACCUGCAGCCGAAUGAUAUUAAUGGUUCAGCUUGUGUAACUGGAAAACCUUUGGAGGAGGGAGGUAUUGAUGGAAGGACAGAGGCAACGGGACUAGGAGUUUUCUUCUGUUUGCGGGAGUUUCUCAAUGAUGAGACCCUGGUUGCUAGGUUGGGCAUGACGAAAGGCAUUAAGGGGAAGACGUUCAUCGUACAGGGUUUCGGGAAUGUAGGUCGUCACACAGUCGAUUACAUACAUGGUGCUGGAGGAAAAAUCAUUGCCAUUGCUGAGGCGGAUGGAGGCUUGGUGGACGAGUCGGGGGAUGGCUUGGAUAUUCCUGCCGUGAAGGCCUAUCAUAAAAAGAAGGGAACAAUCACGGGAUUUCCCGGCGCUAAGACGAUGAAAUUUGCCCCAAGCAUUUUAGAACUUCCUUGUGACGUGCUGAUACCUGCUGCCCUAGAAUCACAGAUUCACUCUGGAAAUGCAGGAAACAUUAAGGCUAAAAUUGUGGCGGAGGCUGCAAAUGGCCCAGUUACUCCUUUGGCAGAGACGAUAUUGGAAGACAACGAUGUGGUCAUCUUACCUGAUUUAUUGCUAAAUGCUGGAGGUGUGACAGUCUCAUACUUCGAGUGGUUGAAAAACUUAAACCACAUUCACUUCGGACGCAUGAGUAAACGCAUGGAAGAGAGAGGGAAAAGAGUACUCAUUGAUGCUCUGGAGAAUGAGUUCGGAAACGGCCAUAGGUUCUCUGACACAGUUCGAAGCCAAGUCGUUAAGGGGAAUACGGAAGUUGAUUUUGUCUGGUCUGGCCUGGAGGAAACCAUGUUGUCGAGCUGGGAAUGUGUGAAAAAAAUAGCUGAAGAAAGGAAGUGUAAUUUUCGCACAGCUGCAUACUUGAUUGCUAUUGAGAGAAUUGCGACCUGCUACCGGGUGAGCGGUAUUUUCCCUUGAAGUUGGAGGUGUGCCACAGAAUCCAGGCCUUGAAGCAACAUGGUCUAGAAGCAAGGGCUUGUGCUUCCCAUGUCAACGAAGUCCUUCAAAAUAGAUUUGGCCUGAUCAAUCAUCCUAGAGAGUUUUGCUAGUACAUUCUUUCAUUUAUUUUUACCAGUAUUCUGCCAAAUGCCAGGAUAUCUGUGCUAAAGUCAACUCUUGUCUGCUGGUUCCAGUAGUCAGUACUAGGUGCAGUUGCAUCACUAAGAGUGCGCACACACAGCUUCUGUAAACACACAGAUUCUAAAUUACAACGUUUUGUAAAGACCAACAUUUGUCUCUUUGUUUA